UGAUAGUACCUCAGGUUCAGAAGAUAUUUUUUUGACAUUUUCUAACGGUCUAACAAUUGAUAUUUAAAUGGCAAAAAAAUGUGACCAGUAGGGUUACUGGCAGCAGUUAAAUGCCUGUUAUCUGACCAUUUUUUGACAUUUAAAAAAAUGCGAAAUAAAUGCAUUUAAACGUUUCCAGUUAUAAUGGCAAAAAACGGGGUCAAAUGUCAUAAAAAAGCCAUUUAAAUGCUUAUUAACAGCUUAUUAAAUGGCAUUUAAUUGGCAAUUAAUUACACCGUUUUCGACGUCCUGGAUACCAUAUAAAAAUUUGGAAAGCAGGUUUUUAUCAUCAUAAUCGAACUGAGAAUGCAAGAAAAUCUAUAGGAAGGUGGUUUUAUCAGAACCAACGUUUAAAAUACUGAGAUAAUACUCAAACAUACUUCAUUUUUAAAAGUUUAAUAUCUCGUGAACCUUACAUGGAACAUUCUUCAAAGUUGUAGAGAAUAUAGUUCAUGUCCCACUCUAUAAUAAUAACCUUAAGUGGUUUGUCGAAAAAAGGGAGAACAUGUAAAAUUCAUCGCGGUACUGAUCAAUUCGCACUGAGAGUGGCGCCGAAUCCGAUAAUUUUGCUAAAAGAGUAAAAGUCAUUUUCGUCGGGUUCUGCAUCAGUUAUGAAGUCAGAAAAGACAGCUUGUUACGUAACUUGAUGCGCUCUAUAAAACUAGAUUGGUUUUAAAUGAAGCGGAAAAACUUUUGUAAAAUGUGGGACACUUCAGAUGGAUUUAUCCAAAUACGUUGACAGCGAUUGUCGGUAACAAGUCAUCGGAUUACUUUCAGAAUAUGACUUAUUCUGAAUUAAUUCUCCGUCCAUCUUGGGCAAAAAAGUAAUUCCUAGUGAAAUUUUUUGUAACCCAGAUCUUGAAGAAAUCCGGAUAAGAUAUUUUGAAAUACUGCGUAUAUUUUUCGCACACUUCUUUGUAUAUGACAGUCACAGACAUCAUCAGAAUAUACACUGGCUUAUUAUAAUUUUUCUACGGUACACGCAGUAGGCAAGAAAAGUAUGAAGUGCGUGCGGUCGCCGUAGAAACACAAUUUUAUGCGGCAGUUCUGCUAGGCAAAAAUCAUUUUUUUCCUUCAAAAGUACGAGCCCGUACUAGUGAGAACACAGGAUUAUAUGUGUGUACGCGUGAUCGUGAAGGCCUAUUGUUGUAUAGCUAUGUCUAGGAAAGGAAAAACUUCCAAUUUAUUCUUAGCGUGAAAAAUUUCAUACUUAUAUGUGAUGAUGAAUCGAAAAAUAUACUAGAGAAACGUAAAGCAAAAAUCUAAUGGGUUGCUCGAGUGCGACAUCGCACUAACUCAUUUGGGUUCACUGAUUGAAUGCUCUUUGGGACCAUUAAGAUUCUGCACGUGACGGAAUGCCUAAUGGCACCGCGUCCUGUAUCGGCUGAUCUUCUCAUAACAAUUUCAUUUCAUUUAUGUUAAAACUUCAUGUGAAUCUUCAUCUUAUGAAUGUUGUUUCAUUGAUAUUCUUAUUAGCACAUAAUCUUAAGUGAGCACUUAAUCUUAACUAAGAUUAAGUGUAGUAGUAUUACUCACUUUUCCUGAAUGGUAAUACUACUAGUAUUACCAUUACACUUAAUCUUAGUUAAGGGUUGAUCUAAUUCUUGGUGUUUCAUCAGAAAUCCUAAAUAUCGACUUAACUCUUUCUGUUGACCGAUGUUUGGCUUAGCUCCAUUAACGAUGGUCUUAAGUUGAGCAUUUGGCACUUGUACACAAUAAACACAUCGUAUACUGUAGGUAUGUGUGAGAGUGAGAGUAAGCAUUCUGUAGAAACACCAAGCAUUGGCUUAAGAGUCCUCUAGAGCUGUUUUGAGUUAAUGUCAUAAAAUGACAUGCUUAAAUAAACCAAUAUUGACUUUAAUUUUUAAGUUGUUGUCAUAGACCGUAAAGUGAUUAGACACUGUACGUUAGAUGUAUUACUCUGGUAUCAUAAAGUAUUCUUCUUCAUGUUUUAGACUACCUCACUUCAAAAAAUGUUCACGCAAGAAUAAAAAAUGAACGAAUAUAAUGAAAAUUUGGGGUUAUUUGAAGAUAUUGAUAAAAAGGACAAUUACAAUUCAAUCGAAUGGAACAAAAAGACAUUUCAGACAUUGCUGGUGUGAUUGAAUACGCAAAUAAUGCUUCAUACAUCCUUUCAUAGAAAAAAUGUUUUUUCUCAAUUUAGAAAUUAAAUCAUAAAUCAAAUCUUACUUUCAGUUAUGCUGUGGAAGUGGCUUUAAGACGUUUAGAAAACAGUCUAAGAGAACCGUAUUGGGAUGUCACGAAUGAAGCAUUGACGGAACAUCAAUCGAUUAAUGAUGGUUUAAUGGGUUGCGCCACACUCUUCUUGUUACUUCAAAACAAAACCUGUCACUUAGAUCAAUCUCAUCAACAGCAACAAUGUUUACGUUCAAUGUAUGAUCGAUAUUUGAAACGUUUAUUUAUUACGAGUGAAUGGACUAAAACAAUAUCUGAUGUGAAAAUAAAUGAUAUUCAAGAAAAUUAUUCAAGAUAUAUUUCCGUUAUAGCUGAUCAAUUAUUUCAAACUGUCCAACGUCGAAAUUUUCUUCAAUUUAUCGACGAAGAAUUUUUGAAAAAUGAAAAUGAAACAGUCAGUGGUUUUGUAUUAAUAAAUGAAGUUUUAUUUAGUAAAACAAAAAAAGAGGAUAUUGAACAAAAUCUUAUACAAAUGGGAAUUAUGAAAACACUUAAUCACUUGAAUGAUGAUACAUGGAAAUUAAAUUAUUUUAUCUGGAUUUUAUGUUGUAUGGUUAAACAAGACAAUGUAUCACUUGAAACAUUAAAAUAUUACUUUACAUCAAAACAGUUGGCAACAUUAUCGUCGAAUACAGUCGAUCUUGAACAAAAUAAUAUUGAAUCAUUGAAUGAAAUUGAUCUUCUUAUAUUUUUAAUUUUUUGUUCAUAUCAAAUAUUACACGUUAAAGAUGGAGUUAAUCCUUAUCAUCUUUAUACACUUCAAUUAUGUUCAAAAGAACAGGCAAAUUGGUGGUCAAUUGCUAAUAUAAAUCACGAACAUGUUGAAACAGAUAAAAGUUUAACGACUGAUGUUCAACAAUCUUUUUCUGAUGGUUUGAGUAUCAUCCGUUUGAAUGGUGAUCAACAUAAUCUGCCACCACUACCGAUUAUUUUGAAAACUGCACGAUUAUUAUUGACGACAGCACAAAUUUUAAAUUCAAAACAGGCUCAUCGUACUUCAUGGUCCUAUCAACAAUAUGCUAAUCGUUAUUUAUCUGUAGCAAAAUCAAUAAUGAAUACCUGGCCAAAGAAAACAAUGGAAUUUUCAAACAAAACAUCGAAUGUGAAAAAUCAUCAAUUAUUUACUUUUUUGAAUAAAAAUCUUAUAGAUGAAAUGAAAAAUACAAAUGAACUGUUAGAACAAUGUAAUGAUUUACAACGAAACAUUGUCUCAAUUGAGCCUGAAGAAGAAUAUCAACCACGAACAUCUAGUCCAACAUCGAUCAAGAAUGAAAAUUCGUUUAUGCAAUCGAUAAUAAGUCCUGUUGUCGAAACAAAGGUGAAUGAGGAUGUCACAGAUGCGAAUAAAGAGGAAAAAAAUAACUCUUUUAUACCGCCAAUAAGUGAAAUGAAAAUUGAAGAGAAGCAUGAUACGGUGACUGAUGAUCAAACAACUCGUUCAUCGAUUAAUGAAACGGGCGAAGAAGAUAAUGAACAGGUUCAAUCUUGUUCACUUCCAUUUGUUGAUUUAAUUUUUAAUCAUAUGGCAGAUGUUAAUCAAUGGAUAAAUAAAUUUUGUAAAAGUAAUGAACUAAUUCAAUAUGAUAUCAAUACAAUAAGGGAUCGAUUGGAAAAAUUAAAUCGUGUAACAUAUGAUAUGGUCUAUUCAAAUGUGAAAAAAAUUCAAAAUUUUCCAACACCAUUUGAUGCACAACCAUUUACUCAACCAAAACAUGAUGAACAACAACAUGUUAAUUUGACAACAGAUUAUUCACAAAAGGUGCAAUUACAAGAUAAUUUUAAUGCUUUAAAUCAAUGUCAAAUACAAACAAAUCAAAUGUUAGCCGAUUUGACACAACAUACCAAUAGUAAUAAGAAUGUAUCAUCUUAUAUGAGUUCUAUCAUUACUGAAAAUCCUUUUUCGUAUACAUCUGCUCUACAACAGUUGCCAAUGUUUUCUCAACCACCACAAACUAGUAUAUCAUCAAAUAUUCCGUUAUCAACAUUUCCAGACGAACAGAUUCAACAGCAAAAAUUGACUGAUGAAAUAUAUGAUUAUCCAGAUGAAUACGAUUAUGGAGAAGACAAUGAAGAUGAUUAUGUUGUUGAAGAAGAACCAACCGAUGAUAAUUCAAAAAUAUCAAAUCAAGUUGAUGAAGAUGAUGAAGAAAAUUAUAGUGAUUAUAGUGAUACCGAUGAUGAUUCAUUUAAUGCCGAUAUAAUUAAUUGUAUGACGGAUUUAAAACAACGACAAAUGAUGAAUAAACCAAAAGCUCGAUAA